UUCGUUACUCAAUGAAACCAUCCAAACUUUACAUGUGUACAUAUGCGCUUUGCGCACGUUAUAAAUUAGCUGGUUCUCAACUUGUAAUAAUCGAGUAUUGUUGUACAUCGUAUUCCUGUGUAUGAGAACUAUAUUUAUCUAGAAAUGGCUCAUACAGUUCCAGAAACGAGCGAAUUCGAAGAUGGUAUGUCAGCGAAACAACUUUUUCAGUCUGGACAAGGAAUUACAUAUAAUGAUUUCAUCAUUUUACCUGGCUACAUUGAUUUUACACCAGAUAAAGUGGAUUUAACUUCUUCAUUGACAAAGAAAAUAACUCUUAAAACUCCAUUAGUUAGCUCACCAAUGGAUACUGUUACUGAGUCCAGAAUGGCCAUUGCUAUGGCGCUGCAAGGUGGUAUUGGCAUUAUACAUCAUAACUGUUCAAUUGAAAAUCAAGCUAAUGAAGUUCGCAAAGUUAAAAGAUUUGAACAAGGAUUUAUCAUUGAUCCUGUCGUUGUUGGUCCGAAUGCUCUUGUUAGAGAUAUAUUUGAGAUAAAAGAAAACCAGGGAUUUUCUGGAAUACCUGUUACUGAAAAUGGUUCAAUGGGUAGUGUAAUGUUAGGUAUUGUUACACAUCGUGAUGUGGAUUUUCUUAACAGCAACAGUUUGUCAAUGCCCGUAACUCAGGUGAUGACUCCAAGAAAUAGAUUGGUUGUGGCAAAAGCUGGUUGUACACUGACUGAAGCUAAUAAAAUCCUCCAGGAAAGCAAAAAAGGGAAAUUACCAAUUGUAAAUGAUCAAGACGAACUUGUUUCUCUUAUUGCAAGAUCGGAUUUGAAGAAAAGUCGUGAAUAUCCUCUAGCAUCCAAAGAUAACUCACAACAACUUCUUGUUGGUGCCGCUGUGAGUACUCGUGAUGAAGAUAAAGAAAGAGUGAAAGCUCUGGUUGAUGCUGGAGUUGAUGUCAUAAUCUUAGAUUCUUCGCAAGGCAACUCGACCUUUCAAUUACAAAUGCUUAAAUAUCUGAAGUUCAAUUUUCCUGGUCUACAGAUUAUUGGCGGUAACGUUGUAACUGUUGCGCAAGCUAAAAACUUAAUAGAAGCUGGUGUUGAUGGUUUACGGGUUGGUAUGGGUAGUGGAUCUAUUUGUAUAACACAAGAAGUUAUGGCUGUUGGUAGAUCUCAAGGAACAGCAGUUUAUAAAGUUGCAAAUUACGCCAAAGAAUUUGGUGUGCCGAUUGUGGCAGAUGGCGGUAUUUCCUCUGUUGGUUUUAUAACAAAAGCAUUAGCACUAGGAGCUUCAACAGUAAUGAUGGGAUCGCUUCUUGCUGGUACAUCAGAAGCACCAGGAGAAUAUUAUUUUGCUGACGGUGUUCGAUUAAAGAAGUAUAGAGGAAUGGGAUCAUUAAAUGCAAUGGACGUAAAUAAAUCUAGUCAGGCUAGAUAUUUUAGUGAAAGUGCUAGAAUCAAAGUAGCGCAAGGUGUUUCUGGUUCGGUUAUAGACAAAGGAACUAUUCAUAGAUUUGUGCCUUAUCUUAUAACGGGUAUACAACAAGGUUGUCAAGAUAUUGGAGCAUGUAGUUUGAAGAAAUUAAGAAACAUGACUUACAAAGGUGAAACAAGGUUUGAAAAAAGGACGGUAUCCGGUCAAAUUGAAGGUGGCGUCCAUGGAUUACAUUCGUAUGAGAAGCGGUUGUUCUAGGUGUUUGGUGUCGGGAAUGCAUAUAAUAAUUGAAAUGUUAUGUGUACAAGCAGGAACAUAUAAGUUAAUUUAAUGUUACGGAUGGUACAUCAUGAUGGUACUUGUCUGCGAAUGUACAAAAUUUGCAUCAUUUAUAAAAUCUUCAACGUUGUGUGAAAUGAACAAUCGCCGAAUUUAUUCAUUCAUCAAAAACAAUUUUCAAAAAGCACGAAGAAUUUACUAGUUUCAGUAGUUCUUCCACAGUAAGUUUUUAAGCUGUAUUGGGUUGUCUAUGUUGCCUAAUUUUUGUGUAGAAGUUAAGGAGUCUGAAAAUAGGCUGCCUGUAUUCAACCAGUUUUGUUUUGUUUUGUUUGUUGCUUUUUUUUUGUUAAAAUAAUUGUUUUAACACACUUAAA